GGUACGUUUUGUUUACAUGACGUAACCGCAUGAUGUCAUGGUAACGCUAACGCGGCCAUUUUGAACAACAUGAAUUUCGCGCCUUUCAAACUACAUCAUUAAACAAAAUAAAAAUAUAGAAAUAAGUAAUGUGAAGACUUGCUGACUCUUCUCUACAAAUACAAUAACAUAGUAACGUCAAGUGUUCACAUCCAUGGAUGCACACCUGGUAAAAUCUAGUGAUUCUAAACUAUAAUUAUUGGACAUGCAUCCUGUGUUGUACGUGAUGUUGACGAUUGGCGUGUGCCUGGCGCACUACAGAGGAGGUUAUGACGCACGUAACCUCAUCGAGAGAGAAGAGCCGCAGGAUGAUAUUGAAGGAGAAAUUGUCGAGUGUCCAGUAUGCGUCGGAUCUAGUUCUAAUGAUUGGUUACCAAGCAACGAAUUGUGCCCCAUAGUCAGAGGUAACAAAAGAUACAAGAGAUGUCAACGCGGUACCUAUGUUAACACUGUCUGCGACAACCGAUUGGACUGCUAUAGGGGACCCAAGGAACAGUGCACAGAAAAAAUGGACUUCGAUAUUUAUGGCCAAAAGUGCGCGCCCGGGUAUUACUGUAACAAAUACCUGGGUGUUUGCACGGGGCUGGAGUACAAUGUUGAGAGCAAAACGCAAUGGCUCCUUAAUCCCAACCGCCGGUACCCGCUAAGAGCAAAACGUGAUGUAUAAAAUCUAAAAGGUUUAAUUUUAGAAUAAUCCUUUUGGUAAGUACAUGUAUGGACAUGUACUUAUCUUACUAGAAGUUUCUCGGAUAACGUGACGCAGAUAAAUGUAAAAUGCGAUAAAAUAUGACGUGUCACUUCGGUAUCAGUGAAAUUAUAGAAAAUGUAAGUUGUAUAUGUCUUUAUUAUAAUAUUAAAUAAAUUAUCCACAGCUUAGCUAGUCAACAUGUAAAAUUUUUGAUAUUAUAUAAUGACGUAGAAAGGUACUAUUACUUAUCUAUUUAUAAUGAUAAUACCCAUGUUACUUGAAUAAUUAGUAUGCGUAGUUUUGAGAAUUACCUUUCGAGAAGUUUUGAUAUCCUAUACCUAAUCAGAUUGUUUUCCUAUUAUAUAUUAACUAUAUUAUUUAUAAUUUAUUAUUAUUAAUAUUUUGUAAUUUAAGUGAUAUAUUUACUGUAUAUUUCGUCAAUCUAAACUAAACAUAAACAACUAACUAGGUACUUACUUGAAGUAAGUACAAAUAUGUAGAUGUCUUGGUACCUUUGUGAUAACAUUUUUUAUUCAAAUACUUAUAUUUUUUGUACGAUUUUUCGAAUUCUUUUUUUGGAAAAUUUUUGAAAUGGUGCUAACGAUUUACUACUGACACUUUUCCGCUGAUUACCUGUAUGUAGGUAUAUAGCACAAGAAUAAUUUCCUUUAAUAUUGAUUCGUUUCUACUGAAAAAGUAUUAAUUUGAUGCAGUAUCUACUUCGUAUUACUUUGAAAAAUAAAAUUGCUGUAAGGUCUUUGCUAAAAUAUUGGUAGGUAGCUAGAUAGGUAGGUACCUAGUUUGUUAUUGUUUUUAUUUAAUUUUUACUUGUAGUUUAUAAAGACUUAGAUUAAUUUCUCAAGAUCUCAUCCUUGCUUUUUGUUAUUAUUAAAUGAUUGUAAUUAUUAAGAGUAUCUAAUACAUUAAAUACAUACCUUUAUAUAAACGUAUUAUUUAAGAGAAAAUUGUACCUAUUAAUUUGAUUUUUAAAUAUAUUUAGUAUUAUUUGGACCCUGUGAUAUUAUAAAAAGUAACGACUUGAUCUCAAAUGUAUUUAUUAUGACAAGAAAUAAAUGUUCUUACUCAUAACUGUGUUUCU